ACGGAGCUGAACACAGUGAGCUGAGCUCUGUGGUCUAGACCUGAGACAGACGACCGUUGAGGUCUGCAUCGCAGUCUCUGCUCUCUUCGGGAAAUGCAAGGGUUUCAAAUGGGCUGAAGAAGGUGCCUUCAGACCGUACGUCAGGAUGAACAGCAGCAGCAGAUCUGUGAACUCGACCGCAAUAAGAGCGGAGCUCAGGAGGCAUGAGUCCGUCCAGACCUCCAUCCAGCGCCUGUUCAGACAGUUUGAGAAGGUUGGAGAUACGCAGCUGUGCUCCGGACUGAAGAUCUGCCUCAGGAGCCUGCAAGUCAAUAUUGCCAACAGCCAAGAGUGGACCCUGAACCGAUCCGUCCCCGAGCUCCACCUGGGGGUCCUGGGGAGUCUGAAGAGCGGGAAGUCGGCUCUGGUGAACAAAUACAUCACAGGCAGCUACGUGGCUCUGGAGAAGGCUGACGGGGGCCGGUACAAGAAGGAGGCGCUGGUGGACGGCCUCAGCCACCUGCUCCUGAUCCGCGAGGAGCCCGGGGCCCCCGACACCCAGUUCAGCAGCUGGGUGGACGCGGUGCUGCUGGUGUUCAGCCUGGAGAACGAGGCCAGCUUCCAGGAGCUCUACCAGCUCUACAGCCAGCUGCACUCUCACCGAGCGGACCUCCCCGUCAUAGUGGUGGGCACCCAAGACAAAAUCACGAGCAGCAACCCGCGGGUGAUCGAUGACCAGAGGGCCCGGCAGCUGUGCAUCGAUGUGCGUCACUCCCUCUUCUACGAGACCUGCGCCACCUACGGCUUCAACGUGGACCGCGUCUUCUCCGAGGCCGUCCAGAAGAUUGUGGCCCAGAAGAAGCAAGCCGCCCUCCAGGCCUGCAAGUCCCUCCCAAACUCCCCCAGCCACUCCGGGGGCUCCACACCGGGCUCCGCCUCCUUCCCCGGCCAGGUCGUUAACGGCCAGGGAGGUGAGGCCUACCCCUCCUCCCUCCCCUCCACCCCCGUGGUCAGUCAUAGGGGGCUGGGGGUGGGGGGGGAGGGGACGGGAGGCAGCGCCACCCCUCGCUCCCAGAAGAACACCCCUCACCGCCGGCCCUCGCUGUUCAAGAAUCGCGACGCAGACAAAAAGGGGACGGAUCCUAAAGGCGACUUGGGGAGCGGCCGAGCCAUCUCACUCAAGCAGAGCAUCCUCUGGAAGCGCAGCGGCAGCUCUCUGAAUAAAGAGUGGAAGAAGAAGUACGUCACGCUGUCCAACAACGGCAUGCUGUCCUACCACUCCAGCUCCAGUGACUACAUGCAGAACGUCCACGGGAAGGAGAUCGACCUGCUGCGCGUCACCGUCAAGGUUCCUGGGAAGCGCCCCCCGAGGGCCGUGGCCCCGGCGGGCCCCUGCGCUGGGCCCGCCCUGGCCCCCGCCGCCGGGGUGAACGGGGUCCCGAAGGGGGGGCCCUCUUCCUCCACCGAGGGGCCCGCCAGCAGCCUCAGUGGUCCUCAGCUGUGUCCCUCCACGCUGACGGUUGCUGACGACAGGGCGGGCGUUCUGUCGCCGCUAGGGGGCGACAAAGGGCUCCAGCGCUGCUCGUCCUCACUCUCUACCAAGGCCCAAAGUGUCGAUGCCCUUGAAGGAGUAGCCAAUACCUUCACUGCUAAGGAGGCCAGCCAAUCGUCUCCCCUGAGUGACAGGAAGAAGAACCGGAGGAAGAAGAGUAUGAACCAGAAGGGAGAAGCUGUGGUGGGACAGGCUGAAGAGGAGGAGAACGCAGACUUCAUCGUGGUGUCCUUCACGGGGCAGACCUGGCACUUUGAGGCCCAGAGCCUGGAGGAGAGGGACGCCUGGGUGGCGGGCAUCGAGAGCCAGAUCCUGGCCAGCCUGCAGGCCUGUGAGAGCGGCCGCAACAAGGCCCGGAGGAGCAGUCGGAGUGAGGCAGUGGCCUUACAAGCGAUCCGUAACACCAAGGGCAACGGCCUGUGUGUGGACUGCGGAGCGCAGAACCCCACCUGGGCCAGCCUGAACCUGGGAGCCCUGAUCUGCAUCGAGUGCUCCGGGAUCCACCGCAACCUGGGCACCCACCUCUCCAGGGUGCGCUCCCUGGACCUGGACGACUGGCCCGGAGAGCUCACCCAGGUGUUGGCCGCCAUCGGCAACCACAUGGCCAACAGCAUCUGGGAGAGCUGCACCCAGGGCCGGGCCAAGCCCGCACCCCACUCCUCCCGCGAGGAGAGGGAGUCCUGGAUCCGGGCCAAGUACGAGCAGCGUCUGUUCGUGCCGCCGCUGGGCCCCGCGCCCGGGGAGGAGGCCGGCGCGGGGCGGGGCGCGGCGCUGCGGCUGCUGUCGGCCGUCACCGAGAGGGACCUGCCCGGGCUGCUGCUGCUGCUGGUCCACAGCACCAAGGAGCAGAUCAACGCCCCCCCGGCCGGCCCCCCGCCGGCCCCCGCCUGCAGCGCGCUGCACGCGGCCUGCCAGCUGGGGGACGUCGUGAUGACCCAGCUGCUCAUAUGGUAUGGCAGUGAUGUCGAAGCCAGGGACACCCAGGGCCGUACAGCUCUGGUCUUCGCCAGAAAGACUGGCAGCAAGGGCUGCGUGGACAUCCUGCUCCAACACGGCUGCCCCAACGACGCCACGCCCACCACCACCCCCGUCCUCUCCCGCCGGUCCAGCACGGCCAGCCUGGGGCGGAGCAACUCCCGGCAGCGGCCCUCAUAGCCUGGACUGACCAGGACGCCGCUCCACGGGGACACUGGCUCUGCUGAGUACGAUUGGUCGAAUUUAGAAACCUAACAUCGCCAUGGAUGCUGGCCGAGUGGACUUUCCUGGAGGCCUCCAGUACACUGAGGGAGAAGUAGUAUACAUAACAUGCUUAAAUAUAUAUAUAUACACACACACAUAUAUAUUCAUAUAUAUAUAUAUAUGUGUGUGUGUAGGGAUAUUCUCAAUUUUAUGUCUGAAGACUGAGCAACAUAUCAAACAACUGAAAAGCAAUAUUCAUUCGAUUCGUUGGUGUUCCAAAUAUUGCCGGACUGUAUGUAGUCGUCGUUGGCCCGUUUCCGAUGCAUCUCAAAGUCCCUCGAAGACCAAUCAGCUCCUGUAUCACUUCCUCGUAAAAAAGUGGACGAAAGUAUCGAUGACCAUGAAAUAUAGUCCAAGCCUAUUGACCACUGGGACCUUGUUGUCAUUGUUGUUGUUUUUCAAGGUUUUGUUGUGGCUGGACCAAAACUAGUUUUUUGUUUGUUUGGCUCAAUCAAUGACAUGGAACUAUAUGGCAUGUUGUUUGGCAUGUUUUCAUGUGUCAACCGGACGACAGAAACGUGGCAAACAACAUAAUUUACCAUGGUUCAACUGAUUAAAAUGUGUACAAUUCCACUUAGAUUAGACUGCGGAAUGGUAUGAAAGAAAUAAAAAAAAUACAUGUUGAUAUUACUCCCACAAGUUGAAAAAAUGAUGUUUUAAUAUAUUGUAAAUGUACCUACUACUUAAUGUUUACUGUGGUGACCAUACAGGCUCUGAAGAAACAAGCCCCUGUUUUGUAAAUGGUUUCUUACCAGUAGUUUUAAAUGUUUUUUUUUCAUUUUUAUUUUAUAAUUUCUUAUUUCCAAACCAAGUCACAUGCUCAUAACAUGGUAAUACAGUGCGUCUGUUGUCGACAUGCCUGUCCAGCCAGCAGACAUGCUGACUAUAUUAUUAGAAGAGCAGCAUUGAGAUGAUCAUAUUCAAAAAUGUGUAGCUCCCUGCCAUGCAUUUUUAAUUAACCAUAUUGAGGUUACAUAUUCAAGGGUUCAUAUUUUCAUUUCAGACCCUGUGUUUAUUAUGUGAAAACGAGCUAAAAUAUCUGAAUAAAACGCAUUUUUGUUAGUGUUUCGAUUAUUUUUGUGACUUCUGAUAAAACUUGACCUAUGUUAGGAUUCUAGUGUUCAUCCAGGGACGCGCUGAGACACUAG